AUGGAACUAUCAGAAGACAAAGAGUGGAGAGUCCGCAAAGCAAUCAUUCAGUAUAACAUUCCACUUCUAGCCACUCAACUUGGAGUCUCAUUCUUUGAUGACCAACUGGCCGCGCUGUGCAUGGCAUGGUUGAACGAUGCAGUCUCCAGUAUUGGGGAGAGUGCGACGAUCAACCUCAGGAAAUUGACCGAAGUCUUUGGGGUCAAAUGGGCUAAAGCUAUGAACUUACCUUAG